AUGAAUGGAAAUCGCGGAGAGACACGCGGGAGAGACGGAUGAUUCUAAAGAAGCGGAGGAGACGAGGACGGUGCUUUCGUUGCCGUGCGCGUUUAAGGAAGAAAGAGGGAGAAGGAAACGGGAGCGAGCGAGAGGGGGAGAGAGUGGGAGAGAGAGCGAGGAGCGAAGGCGGCGGCGGCGGCGGGCGAGGAUGAUCAGGGCGUCUCGAGGAAAGAAGAACCGGGCGAAGGGAGGGGAGGCUGGCGUAUAGGUGAGCAGCGUGAAGAGUAUCGGGAGUAUGCACGGGGUGAUGUCGACGACACGUGACGCCGGCGAAUCUCGUCUCGCCGGCCGCGAGUAUCGCCACCGCCACCGCCACCCGCGGCAACAACACCACCAGGAGCACCAGCAGCCUCCUCUCGCGCGCUCUCUCCGCGCGCGCGAGCGCUCUCUCCAGGCGAUCGACCGCUUCCCGCGCGAGCCGCUCUUUAUUAGUCUACCGCGGACCAUCGUGAACCCCUUUGGUUGCCUCGCCGGCUCCACGCCGGGCCCCGACGUUUCCCGACCUUCCUCCUAAACUUGGUCGUCGCCCGACCGACGAGGAUCCUUGCAAAAGGGGGAGAAGGAAAGGAGAGGAUCGAAGGAAGCGAGGCCGGGGAGAGUUCGCCACUCCGCACGGAUCCACGGACCGGAAAACGGUUGGGGAGCGAGAGGGAGCGAGAGGGAGAGAGAGAGGGGGGAGAGAGAGAGAGAGAGCGAGCGGGCGGGCGGCGGCAGGCCGUGUCGCGCGAGAGGAAGGGAGAGGCGAGUCGGUGUGGAAGAAGAAGAAGAAGAAGAGGAGGAGAACAAGAGGACGGACAGAGCGAGAAAGAGCAGGAUCCUCCAGUGAUACGAUACCGGGCAGCACGCGCGCCGGUACGUCGGUUUAUCGGGCGCAAACUACGACCGAGCGAACCUUCGACUUCCGAGCGAAGCGCGCGAUUUCGAACGCUCCACUGUGACAAAUCCGACACUCUUUUUCUCUUCGCCUCGUCCGCGAUAAUCGUCUACCUGGAUCCUGCGCCGGAGAAUCGAAUUAAACGCGAUUCUAUCGCGUUCUCGCGGGGCAAAGUUUUUCGACGAACGACGAACAACGCUUGUUCGCGGAAAGAUUUCUCCCGACACUUUCUUCCUUCGCUUGGUGUUGUUACCUUCGCCGGGAGAAAUUUGAUCCACCGGUGCCGCGCUUUCUACCUGCCGUCCAAAGGAAAAUAAAAAAAAAGAUAAUAACAAUACAUAUACAUAUAACAUAUGAUAUACACAUCUCUCGAAGAUCGUUCGUGAAAAUCUCUCCUUAUCUCUCGCCCUUUCCCCUCCCCUCAAAGUGGAAACGCAAAUAUCGUGGAAGAAGCCAGUGCGGAUGUUAACGCGCGGACCUGUCCAACGCAUCCGACGCGAGUGUCAUCGUCGUAUUAUUAGCCCAACUGGAUUAGCCAGAGGAGAAGCGAUCGAUCGCGACAGUGGUUCGUCGACGCGUUCUCGUAUCAUCAUCCGCGAUACCUCUUCUUCCUUCCACGCCGUUUUUCCUUUCUCCUCCUCGCGUCGCUCGUCCAUCGCGCGAACGCUCCGCUCGACGUGUGACGCGUCGUGACAUGUGCGAUAGUCUGCGAGCCUCCGCCUCGUUAUCUUCGUCGUCCGUAUCGUCGUCCUCUUCCUCGUCGUCGUCGUCGUCGUCGAGGAAAGUAGAUCGUCGGGUGGCCGCGCGCGAGCGGAAACAAGGGAAGAGGAGCACGUGGACGACUGGCACCGCGACGAGGGCCGGCGGCGCGACAGGUUGAAAAGAUGCUGGCACUGGCGAUGCGCCGCGAACACACGACCGGGCGCAGCAAUUACGAGCCCGCGAAUCCGCUCGCGGGUUUCGACCACUUGCAGCACAACAGCGGGAACCCGUUCGCCGUUGUGCCCUCGUCGUCGGAGGGCAGGCUUCGAGAAACCGGCCCUGAGCCCGACGGCGAGUUGCAGGAAUUCGUGGACAUCGCUCAGGUACAGCAGCUUCUGCAGCAGCAGCAGCAGCACCAGCAGCAUCAGCACCAGCAGCACCAGCAACAGCAGCAACAACAACAGCAGCAUCAGCAGCAGCAACACCAGCAGCAACAACAACAACAGCAUCACCACCAUCAUCAUCAGCAACAGGUGGCGGCCGCCGCGGCUGCGUCUUGCAUCUGGGGAGCGGUUUACCCGCCGCCGCCGCCCGCGCUCGGAUACCAUCACCACCAUCACCACCAUCACCAUCCACCGCCACCACCCUCAGGCGAGGACACGCAGUGCGGUACCGAGGAGAUUGUCGCCACCAGCCAGGGAGGCGACCAACUCCAGAGGAUGACGAUGGACGGCAUGGAAGUGGUGGGCUCGCAACCCCACGCGGCCACCAGCCCGUUCUUGCUCUCGCCGCCACCCCUUGGACACCACCAUCAUCAUCAUCAUCCACACGCCACCUUCAACCUGCAAACGGUGCAGCUCAGUUUCGACGCGUGUCUACCGUACAACUCGGCGACGUCCUCGAAUUCGAUCGUAUGCGGCGUUGGCGGCACGUCAACACCGGCCGCCACCACUUGCACCUCGUCCACCAGCUGCAACAAGACGAUACCGAGCCUGUCGCUGGCCCCUUGCGCGCCCCUGCAAGCCCAGCAUCAAAACAGUGCCGAUACCACGGAUCAUCAUGGCCGGCAUCAUCAACACCACCAUCAACGGCUCAACGAUCACCAGCAUCACCGGCACGUCGACGCUUCCUCGCCCUCCAGCGACUCGACCGACGGGAAACGACGUUUGCAGUCCGUCAACGAGGAGAAGGACUGCUCCAGGGAGUGCAGAGACGAUCUUCAGGAGUCUAACGAUAAGGAUAAAACAGGUGACCUAAACACGCCGGUUACCACCAGCAGCGAUUUACCGUCCUUCUUCGGCCCCUCCGCGCUCGUCGAGCCACCUCCUAUUUCAGGCAGCCUGGCGGGCGAAGACCUAUCCCUGGAAGAGGCGACCGCGGAGGACGAUGAAACGGGUACGUCGACGGGCAGGGAUCAUCGACACCACCAUCACCAAGAGUCUCAAGAUCAAGGAACGCCUGGCGCCCCUCCCUCCGCUAGUCCGCCGCGUCACCACCAAGCCCAAGACGACGCGGACCGUUGCAACGUGUUGCAAGGCGGCGUGAUCCUCUACUCGCCCCAUUCCACCUCCUCGGUGUCCUCGGCGCCCGCCUCCAGCGUCAACAUCUGCAACGUGCCCACCCUCACCUACCACGGGGUCUUCACCACCACCUGCACCCAGUCCUCGCCCCUGAACGCUCAGAACCAACAGCAGCCGCCCCAGCAGCAGCAGCAGCAGCAGCAGCAGCAGCCGACCACCCAGGAGCUCUGGGGUCCGUUGACCUCCCCCACCCUGACCUUGACGAAUCCGCCGUUCCUCCACUCGGCGCUCCACUCGGCCCCGUACGGUGGCGAGACCGUCGAACUUCUACCCGUCGAGUCGAAGCCACCCCCGCCACCAGGUUACCAUGACACGCCGACCACGACCCAGGCCGCGUGGCUGACCACGCACGAGGACCCCUACGAUCCGAAUCUCCUGUCCCACCAUCAUCCCCAUCACCACCGCCAAGAGGCCGCGUUGAAGCAGGAGCCUAGCGGGGCGAGCGGUUACGGGCCGGCCGUUCAACAGCAGCAGCAGCAACAGCCGCAGCAAGCUCAGCCGAGCCAGCAGCAGCAGCAGCAGCAACAGCAACCACCACCACCGUCUGCGGGUACGACGGGCGUCCAGCUGGCCGAGUACAAUCCGAGCACGUCGAAGGGACACGAGAUUCUCUCGCAAGUUUACCAGCAGAGCCCUCUGCCGCUCAGGCUGGUCCCGGUGAAGCCGCGCAAGUACCCGAAUCGACCGAGCAAAACGCCGGUGCACGAGCGGCCGUACGCUUGCCCCGUGGACGGUUGCGACCGCAGGUUCUCCCGCAGCGACGAGCUCACCCGGCACAUCCGCAUCCACACGGGCCAGAAGCCGUUCCAGUGUCGCAUCUGCAUGCGCUCGUUCUCGAGGAGCGACCACCUCACCACCCACGUGAGAACGCACACCGGCGAGAAACCGUUCUGCUGUGAUCAAUGCGGCCGAAAGUUCGCGAGGAGCGACGAGAAGAAGCGGCACGCCAAAGUCCACCUCAAGCAGAGGCUGAAGCGCGAGGCCACCCACGCCUCGGCGAGAAAUCACCCUCAGAGCCACGCUUCGCCUCCUUGCAACCAGUAAAGUCGUAUCGCCGUCGUCGUCGAGGAUUCGCGACGGAUACUUUUCGCCGAUACCGUCGAUCUCCACCAGCUCAUUCCUUUUCGAAACCUUGCCGAAGUCGUGCUCGCGACGCUGCUUUCACAUCUUGCCGGGCGACCGGGAAACGACGGAGACCUUUAGGCGGAAGACACACGGACUGCCGUCACCGACUGAUCCGUCAUCGAUCGUCUCCGGCGCGCAAGCGAUCGCCGAGUACCGUCACCACCGAGGAUUCCCCUCAAAUUGGCCAAAUCGAGACGGCAUUUUCGACGGUGUACAUAUAUAUAUAUAUGUACAUGCAUACAUAUAUAUAUAUAUAUACAUAUAUAACGACGCGUGAUACCGAGAUUAGUCUCGGAUAAUAGUACGUAAGAAUCACUAAUCGCGAAGGAUUUUUCGUAAAAUCCUUGUAAAUAAUUGUGGAUAUAAUUUUUAACCGGGAUAAAUUGAACACGUAUAUAUAUAUAUAUAUUGAAAACGACGCGUCCGUGUAACGGUGUCGUCGUUCCCUACGAAGGGUUGUUCCAAGAGAAUCUUUCUUAUGCGAUCUCCGCUCUUCCGUCAGGGAACGAUCGACCGGCGAACGCGAAAUCGGGCGAAGUAUAUGUCGCCUCUACUCUCGCAUCUCGCCUCUACUUUUCCAUCCGGAUCUUAUUUCGUCUCGUUUCUUUCUCUCCCGCUUCCUAUUUUGCCCAAGGUAAUAGCGUAAAACACGAGAGAAAGAGAGGAAGAGAGAGAGAGAGAGGGAGGGAUCGACUAGUUGCAUUUAGCUCGGAGGAACGAAUACGGGCGAAAAUUCUAGCUUUAUCGAGGUAGCGUAAGGUACUGUUAGGUUGUUUUCUCGGCGACGAUGGUCGGUAUCAGUCCUCGACAACGGUGAUGUUUUUAGCGGUAAACGGGAAGAACGGGAGAGAAAGGGAGAGAGAGGAUGAAGGCGAGGAGAAGAUAUUCGAAGCGAGGCGACGCGUUCGAGAUUGUUAUUUACGGCGGUCGCGUUUUAUGCCUCUGUUUGCGAUCGGGAACGAGAUGCAGAUGCGAAAAUCGGCGUUAACCGAGAGAGAGAGAGCCGCGUAGAUACACGCGCGAAAUAUGCCCGGUGUCACGAAAUAUUCUCGAACGAAUCACGGUAGGAUCGAUACCGCCCGCAGCUUCCGGGAAUCGGGCAGGAAUUCGCCGAACGAGAAGGAGAGAAUGAGAAGCGAGCGAGAAAGAACGAGACGAAAACUGAGCUCGCACGCUCUCGAUCGCAUGCAAACGAGCGCGUGAGAAGAAAAGAAAAAAAGAAAAGAAAAGAAAAGAAAAGGAGAGAAGAGGAAAGAAAAAAAUCCCGAGCGCGCUUCUUGAAACGAUCACGGGAAGGAAUCGCGGGUAUCGACGAAUUUUUCCAACUCUCUCAUCCAUCGAAACCGGUCGAUGUCUUUUAGCCGAAUAUCGUACGAUUUUCGGUCCGUGAUCAUCCGAUUCCAGACGCGUGUUUUGAAACGUUCGUGUAUGUAUUUUCUAACUAUUUUUAUAAAUCGUGACGUGAAAAGAUGAAAAAAAAAAAAGCGUAGUUCGAUAUCGG